AUGGUCUCCGAAUUUAGAAAGCAAAAAUUAUUGCACGUUUUCAAGAUUUUCUUCAACGCUGAUGCCAGUAGUGUAAUCGAGAAGAAAGACUUUGAAGAUUCAUUGAAGAGGAUUGUUCAACUGCAAGGAUGGAAGGAAGGAGAUAUAAUAUACAGUAUGGCUCAAGAUAUAAUGCUCCAGAUUUGGGACGGGUUCCAAGCAGCCGACGCUAACAGCGACGGGAAGGUAACUGCCGAGGAAUGGAUAGCAAUGUGGGACAAUCAAGACAAAACUGACUUCCCUGAGUGGCAGAAACUAUUCUGCAGAGUCUGUUUCCAUAUUAAAGAUUCGUCCGCAGAUGGUUCCCUGGAUGCUGCUGAGUUUAUAAGAGUUCUUAAAAACGCUUUCGGUGUAUCCAAUGAUGACGCGAAAUUAGCAUAUGAAAAGGUAUCACAAGGCAAGUCAGGUGUUUCGUGGGAAGAUUAUCAGCAGCUGUUCAAGGAAUUCUUCAUCGCUGAUGACGUCAACGCACCUGGAAACUACAUAUUUGGAGCCGCACCUUUCUUGAAAUAA